UAUUCGAACGUUUUUGUUAGUCGCAUUAUACAUUUUGCGUUGAUUACAAUUAAAAAGUGGAGAAGUAAUAAGAGCAAAUGUAAGAUUUCCAUUGAUAAUAUCCAUUUAUUUAAGUAAAUAAUUGACAAUCAUGGAAUAAUUUCAAUUUCCCAUCCAUUCAUACUGAGCAAUUUGUCAAUUUAUAUAUAUUGAUUUGAAAGUUUAUUGCAUAUUUUCUAGUUGAUUUUUUUUUUCAAUUCGUAAGAGUGGCUUUUUCUUAGUAAAAAUAAGAAUAAUUUGCUCAAAUCCAUAACAUUCACGUUUCAACCACUGUUUCAUUCGAAGUGGUUAUUAUUAAACCAGUUCUUUAAUUUUACACCAAUGAAUGCAUUGUCGAAAAUUAGAGAAAAUAAAAUCACUUUGAAAGCAAAGCAGUAGUAACUCCUUGGUAUUCAUCGAAGAAAAUCAUAUAUAUAUAUAUAUAUAUAUGAUGCAUAUAUGCAUAUAUGAGUAUAUUUUUCGAAUCGUAGGCAAAUUGAUGAAAUACUUGCUAAUCAGACUUGUUUCAUUUGAUAAACUUUUUUCUUGGUAAAGUCUUUCACUCUUUUAAUCGCAUAUUCAAGCAAUGAAUAAUUGUGACAUUGACCAUGAGAUGGCAUUACUAUCGCUCGAUCAACACCGAAUGAAAGUAAAAACAUCAGGGGAGCGAAGCAAGAGAAAAAGCACAAUAAUUUCAAAAUAAUAUAUAUGCUUUACCCUGCGCCGCUAAAAAUAGCCAGAAACAUAUUUCACGCUUCUACCGACAGUAGAAACAAUGCACAGAUAUUGUGUUCAGUGCAGAUGAUUGUUUCCAAUUUUAUUAAUCAACCAAUUAAAAUUCAUCAGCUGACAUGAUCAUUUUUCAAAGUUGAUUCCGUUGAAAUUUGUUGUGAAAUUGGUUAGAAAUUGUUGCAUAAAUUAUUUUUAUUCUAUUUUUGUUGUUGUUGUUGUUGUUGCAAAAUUGGUUUUCUCUUCCGGAAGAUUCAGAAAGUAGCAACAAAAAAAGAAUUUGACAUAAAAUCAAAUUGAAAAGAAAAAUUGAAUUAACACUCGUAUGGUCUUUGUGUCGAUUGAAUACCGGAUUGCUUGGACUGCCGUUGACGCCCAGUUGCAAAAAAAAAAUCACCUGAAAAUAUCAAGUGAAUUGUGAAAUUGUUUUUCCACACACAAUAAUGAUCGCAGGAAUAUUAAAAUUUCUUUUGCCAAAAUCAAAUCGUAUCGAUAACGCAAUACCGAAAAACAGUAUAAAGACCGUAUGAGUGUUAAUUGUAGUAUGAAAAAAAACUAUAUUUGAAAGAAGAAAAAAAACGAAGAAAAAAAACGGAAUAAGAAGAGUGCAAUGUCAAUGACAGACGAAAAACUAAUGGACGGACUUGGAGCAAACUUCAGAACAGUCUGACGUUACACGCAUAACGACACAAAACGACACAUCUACACAUAGUUGUAUAAACUGCACACGUUUUUUCUUUGCUUAAUACAGAAAGUGAGAGAGCGAGAGAAAGAAGAAGAAGAGAGAGAGAGAGAGAGAGAGAGAAGAACUCUGUAGUAAACCGACUAAACAAUAUUCCGACCGUCCAUUUGGCACGAAACGGGUUCUCUACACAGUUGUGUGAAUCGUGAUUAAAGGCUUUGGAUACACAUAAAACACUUUUAUUACACAUAUUUCGGUUGGAUUCGUCACAUCACAUAGAAUCGUGAGACGCAUAUAGUCAACAUGGCAGAACGAAUUGAAGCAAUUAAAGUUUCGUUGAAUCAAACCCUUAACGAUAAGGAAAAACCAUGGAAAAAGGCAUUAGAUUUGGCUGAAGAAAAAACUGGCGUUCCACGACUCUAUCUAUUCGCUGGAGUCGCUGGAUUUUUCACGUUAUAUCUAAUGUUUGGUGCCGCCGCUCAACUCUUAUGUAACAUUAUUGCCGUCGGUUAUCCAGCUUAUAUUUCGUUGAAGGCCUUAGAAACCAGCACCAAAGACGAUGACACCAAAUGGCUAACAUACUGGGUGUUGUACGCUAUUUUCUCCAUCUUUGAAUUUUUCACCGGCUACUUGCCCGUCAUCAUCCCAUUCUACUACUUGUGGAAGUGCAUCUUGUUUGUGUGGUGUCAAUACCCAGCUGACAACAAUGGAUCCCACGUUCUCUAUCAACGAGUAGUUCGACCAUACUUCUUGAAACACCAAAAUUCGGCUGACGAUGCAAUUGACAAGCUUGCAGAUAAGGCUAAGGAACUCGUCGGCGAUGUUCUCAAGAAGUCAAAAUAAGCAUAUUUUUUUUCUCUUCUCGAUUGUUGUCUCUUAUUUAAACAAAAAUUGUAAUUUAAUAGAUACAACUUUUAUCUCAACAAUACAAUAAAUGCAACGAUUUGCGCGCACGAUUUUUCUCUUGACGCAUUCAAUAUCAUAA